AUGUCUUUUUCGUUCUUCUUUUCUGCUCCUUUCCUCUUUUCCAACAUACUCGUUUGCUCUCAUUUAAAUGCAUUCAUUUCACAAUUGCUGUCUAGAUUAACAAAGAUAAACACUGUUGAUCCCGUCUUUGAUUUCCCUUACAUUAUACAGCUGGAAAUGAUAUUACAUGUUCUAUCAAGUGUUUACAAAGACAAUCUAUCUCUGUUAAUAUAUAUUCUUGCUACUGGUAUUGAAAGAUAUCAUAAGAAACGCCAUGGAUUAUCAAUAUCGACAUCUAUUUUUUGCUCGCUCUUUUCCAAUAUUUACAAUACGAUUGAACUAUACUAUGGUUCAGAAUCCAAAGAAUUGCUCAAGUAUUGA